CCCGACUGGGUUAUGGCACAGGUGUCAAAGUGUUGCUCUACCAGCGAUCCCCCCAAGCCAGCGGUCAAGAGCGAUCGCCCUGGGCCAUCAAGAAGAUCACGAAGCGCGUGGGUCAGGCACCCGAGCGCGAUGUGGUCGAGCGAAUCGAGAGAGAGGCCCAGAUCCUCAAACGCCUGGACCAUCCCAACAUCAUCGGAUUCCGAGGCUUCAAGCGCGAUCCGGACGGCACCCGGAUCUUGGCCAUUGAGAAGGGCGACAUGUCCUUAUUGGACAUCAUCGAGGAGCUUCGCGAGGAAGAGAUUGAACACAUGGAGGAGAAGGGACCAUUGAAAGCGGACAACAUCCUCAAGGUCGUCCGAAGCAUCGCCCAGGCAUUACAUUAUCUCCACACGGACAAACAUUUACUCCACGGAGACCUCAAAUCGGCCAAUAUUUUGAUUCACGGCAACUUUGACCACGUCCAGCUUUGUGACUUUGGCGUCACAUUGGAGUUGAACAAGCAGCUGAAGAAGAAGAACGACCACGAAUAUUACAUCGGAACGGGUCCUUGGUCGGCUCCCGAAGCCAUCGACGAUGGUGAGGUCACUCACAAGACUGAUAUCUUUGCUCUCGGGUGCGUGAUCUACGAGAUGCUGGCCCUCGAAUCGCCACACAUCAACAAGCUCUCCACGGAAACCGAGUUCAGUAAAUUGGCCGAGAGCACAGACGAUAUCUUUGGGGCGUUUGAAUACGACGACUCUGAAUUCGAGGCCGCUCUCGGCACAAGGCCUGAACUGCCUCGAGAUUUGGAGAAAUUGACGGCUCAAGGCUACGAGAAGGUCUUGAGCCUAUUCUUUGCCUGCACGGAAGAGGAUCCGGAUCAACGCCCGGACGCCAAAACCAUCCUCGAGGUCAUGGACGAUGAAGAGAAAGAGAAUGGCGGAAAGUAGAACUCUUCAUGUGAUUAUAUACAUGGCAUGAUUUGUAAUAAGUUACUAAUUAGCACUGCAGAUAAGAAGAGAGGAAAGGGCUCCCGAAAAUAUAUAUUGAACACGGAUGA